UGAUUGACACCACUGCUUUUGAACGGUAGUUCUCAGGUUGUGGCCUCUGAAUUAUAAUAAGUUGUUAAUUGCUCUUAAUGAGACACAUUAACUGUAAUGUGGUGAAGGGUGAUCUACCAUCUUAUGACACAUCCCAGGGCAGGUAAACCAUCAGCCAGGAUUAGUUUUAUAUCAUUAAAGAAUGGCUCUCAAGUGGUUAAUUGUGUUGGUCCUAAUCAGCCUUUUUCUGUGGACCACAAAGUCUGAGUUCUACUCUUCCACAGGCGAUAUGACCCAGCUCAUCCACAUAGAGCGAGACGUCAUUCAGUCCUUCAAGGACUACAUCGCAGCCGAGGAAUUUCAUCUGGCACGUCUGAAGAGUUCUCUGCCGCUCAUUGAAUAUUUUUCUGAAGAUAUACCUGACAACCUGGAAAAUUACAUCAGCAAUCCUCUCACAGCCUACGCGUUUGUGCGAAGGCUGAAGUACAAGUGGACCCAGGUGGAAAGUAUGGCCAGGCAGAGUCCCCUGCAAGAGUUCAACAAGUUUUUGGUAGAGAACAGCCCAAACAUCCCCAGUGACAAGGAUCUGGAUGGGAUUGCACUGGGACUAGUGAGGCUACAAGAGACCUACAUGCUGAGCCCAGACAAAAUUAUUGGACUGGGCCAGACGCAUGCGGAGACCCUAAACCCAGAUGAAGCUUUCCAUAUUGCAAUGAUUGCCCAUGAAAACAGCAAGUUCCUUCAUGCCUUCCAGUGGCUGCAGGAAACCCUGAGACAGCUGGACGAGGGCCGGGAGGCCAGCAUUACCAGGAAGGAGGUUCUUAGUUUCCUCGCCCCCUUUGUCUUUCAGAUGGGUGAUUUGCAGAGCGCCAUCAAGCUCACAGAGCAGUUGCUGGAUCUGGAUCCCAGUGAUCUGUUGAUUGCAAACCAUUUGCAGUACUAUAAACACAUGAAGGAGAGUGUUCAUCGAGAAGAAUCUCAAACCGCUCCAGCUGAGACGCAUAUUUUUACUCCAAAUAUUGCAAAAGAGACGAAGGCAUAUGAAGCCCUCUGCAGAGGAGACUCUAUACAAAUGACCCCCAGAAGACAGAGAGUGCUGUUCUGCAGGUACAGCACUGGUGGAAGGAACCCUCGUCUUAUUUAUGCCCCAAUCAAAGAGGAGGAUGAGUGGGACGCCCCAAAAAUCACAAGAUAUCACAACUUCCUGUCUGACAAUGAAAUUGAAACCAUAAAGAACCUUUCUGUACCAAAGCUUUCAAGAGCGCAGGUAUGGGACACGAAAACUGGGAUGAACAUUUCUACUGAAGUUCGCGUUUGUAAAAGUGCGUGGCUUUCUGAGGGAGAAGACCCUGUUAUUUCCCGUGUGAAUCAAAGGCUGGAAGAUGUCACUGGCUUGGAUAUGACGAUGGCGGAGAAGCUUCAGGUUGCAAAUUAUGGAAUUGGUGGUCAGUAUGAACCACACUAUGACUCAAAGCUCUCUAUGGAUGAAGAAUUCUACACACGGGGUGGUAGGAUUGCAACCACCUUAAUCUAUAUGACUGAUGUCGAUAUAGGAGGAGCAACGGUAUUCCCUGCCAUUGGAGCAGCUCUCAAACCCGAGAAGGGAUCUGCUGUGCUUUGGUACAACCUUUUACGAAGCGGAAAGGACGAUGACCGAGCCCUGCAUGCAGGUUGCCCCGUCAUGGCGGGAAACAAAUGGGUCUCCAACAAGUGGAUCCGUGCACGGGGCCAGGAAUUCAGGAGAAGGUGCGGCUUAUCGGAGUCUGACUAAAAGCUGAAGACCCACUCCGUGCAUUUGUGUGAGGACCCAGCAUGCAACUCCAAAUCUGAGAACCCCAAACUCGAUCUGUCUUGGAUCUCCGACCACAAGAACUACUGCAGCAUCUCAGCCAACCUGUGGGCCUAGGGACAUUCACUGCAGCAUAGCAGAUGUUUCAUGGGAUGAUGCUGCUAGUGCAAGGCUGCCCAACCCUGUUCCUGUAGGUUUUAAUUUCAACCAUACAUGCCUAUACCUGAUUCUACUAAUUAGCAGCUCAUCAAGAUCUCUAGCUGUUGAAUGAGGUGAACUUUGUUAGGGUCAGAGCGAAAAUUACAGGAUGGUAGAUCUCCAGGAACAGGGUUUGACAGCCCUGCUCUAGUUGAUGAAUGAGGUGUGCAUUGUUGGGGUUGGAGUGAACCUACAGGACUGUAGAUCUCCAGGAGCAGAGUUGCAUUCGUUUGGAUUCUAGACAGCACCUGUCGGAUCUCUCCCUUUUGUUUUUUUCAAUGGAUGUUCUGCCGAUGAAGCUGAAGUGCUUAACAUCUUUAAAGUUUUAUUCUUAUUUUUGUUUCAGUGCAAAUAGCCUACCUUCCAUUUCCAAAGAAAAACACUCUUAUCCUCACAAAAUGUGCCAAAUUAUGUUGAUUAAAUUGCACCAAACGUAUUGGUUCAUGUGACGCAGAACAGAAUGGAAAGCUUGUAUUUGGCCAAAAUAAACUCUAAUCAGUGAUCCGUAAGCCACAGUAUAUUCUGGUAAUGAUGCAAUGUCCAUUUAAGGUAAACCUCUUAAGUCUCAAUAUACCUUAAUAGAAGUAACCGAUUAAUGCUUUGUUGUGUUCAUGAUUCCACAACAAUCACAAAAUUACUGCAUGUACAAUGAAUGUGUCUAAAGACUUAAUCUGAUCACACAAAACCCUGAUUAUUUUUCAGCUCACUGCAACUUCGGUUGGCUGUUGCUCUUCAUGUUAAUGUCUAUAAUUAAAAAGAAAAUGAAAGAGA